AUGUCUACUCACAGCACCGUCCAGGUCUCGGGUAUCUCGCCUGCGACCUCUGAGAAGGAUGUCCGCGAUUUCUUUAGCUUCUGCGGCAAGAUUGUGAACCUGUCAAUCACCCCCGUCUCUUCUGAGCCCAACGCUCAAAAGUCCGCCAGUGUGACAUUCGAAAAGGAGGCUGCUGCCAAAACUGCCCUCCUGCUCGACCAAACCCAACUGGGUGGCUCGCCCGUCCACGUCGAAGCCACCUCGACCAUCGACGAGCUCGCCGGCGCCCAAGCCACUGGCGCCGCAGGCGAGAAGAGCGAAGAGGAACAUGAGAUCGCACAGGAGGACAAGCCUCGCUCGCGCAUUGUCGCCGAGUACCUGGCACACGGCUACGUGGUCAGCGACAGCGCGAUCCAGAAGGCGAUCGCCCUGGACCAGAAGCAUGGAUUCUCGACCAAGUUUACCUCCGCCCUGAGCAACUUCGACAAGAAGUUUAAUGCGACCGAGCGCGCCAGGGGCCUGGACCAAAACUACCAGAUUUCCAACAAGGCGGCGACUGGUUGGACCGGUCUGAACCACUAUUUCGAGAAGGCCCUCGAGCACCCGCACGGUCGCAAGCUGCGUGACUUCUACGUACAGGCUGAUAAGCAGGUCCGUGAUAUUCACAAUGAGGCUCGCCGUCUGGCCGAUCUGAAGCUCGGCAAGGGUGCUGAGGAGAGCUCUGCUACUGCCACUGCCCCCGCUGCUGCCCCCGCUGCCCCCGCCGAGGCGGCUGCUGUCGCCCCUGCCACUGUGCCUGCUUCUGAGCCCGCUGGCACGGCUCCCCCUGCUGAGCCUAAGUCGUAG